UGAGGCCCAUCUCUCGUACCCGAACAGCCUCCGACAGUAUUAUUACGUAACAUGUUUUCAUGGCUCAAUAUUUUUAGAUAAACGUGUAUAAUGACAGAAAACUAAGUUAAGGAUAUCGAAAAACAAAUCAGGAACUAUGUUCUGGAUAUUGUUAGUGUGCAGCCUUUGUAGCCUCGUCAACGCAGAUGCAGACAGACGAAGAUAUUCCAAUCCUACAUAUUAUAACGUGGGCGGAGUACUCUCCAGUAAUGAGUCUAUAGCUUUCUUUAAGGAUACUAUAUCAAACUUAAACUUCAAAGACAAAUAUGUUCCCCGCGGAGUUACGUAUCAUGAUUACUCUAUACUUAUGGAUCCAAACCCUAUAAAAACAGCCCUCAAUGUUUGCAAAGAUCUCAUUGCACAUCGAGUUUACGCGGUGGUCGUGUCUCAUCCGUUGACAGGAGAUCUUUCUCCCGCAGCUGUAUCGUACACCAGCGGCUUUUACCACAUCCCAGUUAUUGGUAUAUCGUCAAGAGAUUCUGCUUUCUCUGAUAAGAAUAUACACGUGUCAUUUUUGCGUACAGUCCCACCGUACUCUCAUCAGGCGGAUGUGUGGGUGGAUGUAUUAAAACACUUUAAUUACAUGAAGGUUAUCGUCAUUCACAGUUCUGACACCGACGGACGAGCUAUACUGGGAAGAUUCCAAACAACAUCUCAAAGUAUUGAUGAGGAUGUGGAUCGUAAAGUUUUUGUAGAACAGGUUAUAGAGUUCGAGCCAGGCCUAGACUCAUUUAGUGACAAACUUAUUGAAGUUAAAAGUGCACAAGCCCGAGUUUUCCUAAUGUAUGCCAGUAAGACAGAUGCGGAGAUAAUAUUCCGUGAUGCGACGUACCUUAAUAUGACGACGACGGGAUACGUGUGGAUAGUGACAGAGCAGGCCCUGGAUGCAGCCAACGCUCCCGAGGGAUUGCUGGGCUUGAGGCUUGUGAAUGCCACAAAUGAACAUGCUCACAUACAGGAUUCGAUCUACGUAUUGGCAUCAGCGAUACGGGAUAUGAAUACUUCAGAGGAAAUCAACGCUCCUCCAUCAGAUUGUGAUAACUCCGGGUCCAUCUGGACCACUGGGAGACUGUUGUUCGAUUACAUCCGUAAACAGCGCUUGGAGAACGGUGCCACUGGCCAUGUGGCGUUUGAUGAUCACGGAGACAGAGUCCACGCGGAGUACGACAUGGUGAAUGUAAGAGCUCAGGGCGAACACGUGGCUGUUGGGAAAUACUUCUAUUCAAAGGAUACACAAAAAAUGCGGCUGGAGCUUAAAGAACAUGAAAUAAUUUGGAUGGGACGGAGUUCCACAAAACCGGAGGGAUUUAUGAUACCGACCCAUUUAAAGGUUCUAACAAUUGAGGAAAAACCUUUUGUUUACGCUCGACGAGUAGACGAUGAAACGGAAUGUUUUACCGAAGAAAUAUUUUGUCCUCACUAUAAUACAAAUCAACUUUAUUGCUGUAAGGGCUUCUGUAUGGACCUUCUCCGAUAUUUAUCUAAAGCUAUUAAUUUUACUUACUCCUUGGCUCUUUCACCGGACGGACAGUUCGGAAACUAUAUCAUACGUAACUUUUCGCAACCGGGAGCUAAGAAGGAAUGGACUGGGCUUAUCGGAGAAUUGGUUUAUGAAAGGGCGGACAUGAUAGUAGCUCCAUUAACUAUAAACCCUGAGCGAGCUGAAUUUAUAGAGUUCAGCAAACCAUUCAAAUAUCAGGGCAUAACAAUUUUGGAAAAAAAGCCUUCAAGGUCAUCAACGUUGGUAUCGUUUUUGCAACCAUUUUCAAACACAUUAUGGAUACUGGUGAUGGUAUCAGUACACGUGGUCGCACUAGUACUGUAUCUGUUAGAUAGAUUCUCACCCUUCGGAAGAUUUAAACUAGCUCAUAUAGACGGCACCGAGGAAGAUGCUCUGAACCUGUCAAGCGCCAUAUGGUUUGCUUGGGGCGUGUUAUUGAACAGUGGAAUUGGAGAAGGAACACCACGUAGUUUCUCAGCCCGAGUCCUUGGUAUGGUAUGGGCCGGGUUUGCUAUGAUAAUUGUCGCAUCAUACACAGCCAACUUAGCCGCUUUUCUUGUGUUAGAAAGACCUAAGACUAAAUUAACUGGAAUUAAUGACGCGAGGUUGCGUAAUACCAUGGAGAAUUUAACUUGCGCUACAGUCAAAGGAUCAGCUGUGGACAUGUACUUCCGGAGACAGGUUGAAUUAUCGAACAUGUAUAGGACCAUGGAGGCAAAUAACUACGACAACGCUGAACAAGCCAUACAAGAUGUAAAAAACGGGAAGCUUAUGGCAUUCAUCUGGGAUUCGUCGAGAUUAGAAUUCGAAGCUGCCCAAGAUUGUGAGCUGGUGACCGCCGGCGAGCUCUUUGGCAGAUCUGGUUAUGGAGUGGGACUACAGAAGGGUUCACCGUGGGCCGAUCUUGUCACAUUAGCCAUUUUGGAUUUUCACGAAAGUGGCAUCAUGGAGUCUCUUGAUAAUCAAUGGAUACUUCGAAAUAACAUGCUGAAUUGUGAGGAGAACGAAAAGACGCCGAACACACUGGGUUUAAAAAACAUGGCCGGGGUUUUCAUACUGGUGUUGGCGGGCAUCGUCGGCGGUAUAGUUCUCAUCGUUAUAGAAGUUGUGUACAAACGGCACCAGAUCAAAAAACAGAAGAGGAUGGAGAUAGCUCGCCACGCCGCGGACAGAUGGCGCGGCGCCGUUGAGAAACGUAAGACGUUGAGAGCUGCCAUAUUGCCGUCGCAGCGACGAGCGAAAUCGAACGGUGUGAAAGAGACGGGGAGUAUCAGUCUCGCUGUUGAUAGAGGAGUGCGGCGGCGCGACGAACCGAGGAUACCGCGUUAUAUGCCAGCCUAUACACCUGAUGUAUCUCAUCUUGUGGUUUAAUUACAAUACUUAUUCUGUUCAUUACAGAUUAGAUUAUAUUAUUAGAUUUUCACUCAACAACUUAAUUUUAAAAACCAGAGUUAAAGUAAUACAUUUUUUCAUUCUUUGGUUGAGGGAAAAUAGUAUUCGUUAACGAUUUUCUGAACGGAACUUUAAUAUGUUAAAAGAAAUUUGAUCAGGCAUUUUGUAAAAAUAUAAUAAAAAACAUAUGAAUAUUCUCGAAAUCCCAUAAAUUCCAGUUUUUAUUGUUUGGCGUUUAAUUAUAAUAAUUUUCAUUAAAAAGCCCACUAGGCUAAAGGGUGUCAACAUUAUAUAUAAUAUGUAUUUGCCUAAUUCGAUGUUUAAAAGGUAACGUUUAGAAAUUAUUGAUGUCUGUAUGAAAAUACAAAAUAAGAGUAAAUAUAUAAAAUAUUACACUUUUAUCAGAUGUGAAAUAAAAAUAAUUUUGUAGUCAGGUAUAUUAUUCAAAUAGGAGUUUCCAGAACCCAAGGUUUACUGCUUUUUUAAAUAUUAUUUAUAUAUUUUUGCUGCGAAAUUGAUAUUCUUAUUUGUCUGUGAUAAAAUAAUUUUACCCAAAAACUGCCAAAGUAAAUUUUUUAUGUUUAGGUAGUGUAAUAGAAUUAAGAAAAUAUAUUUAUUUGGAAUAAUCGCCACCGUCAGUCUUUUUGAUUGAUGAAAAUUUAGAAAAGUAAGAAAAUUUGUUAGACUUAAAUUAAUAUAUUAUACUAAAAUAUUGUAGUACAGUAUAGUCGGGUUCCUAAUAAGCACGGGGGUCAAUCAAUGACUAAUCAUUGCACUUCUAUACAUUUCUACUUAUAUAAAUGUGCCAAAAUUGAGCCAUUAAAAAUGUGUAAUUGUAAUCAUUUAUUUUGGUGUGUUGUCACAAUAGUAAUAAGAUAUACAGUUAACUAAAAAGAAUGUUGUAACACCAAAAAACAACGAUUAUGGAAAAUAAAAUAAAAAUUAAAUAAAUAUAA